AAAUCCAAGUAUGGUUGCGAAGGAACCCAGAUAAAUCUAGAAUGUGAGGAUGGAUCCUAUAUAUCUCCAGUCCGAGCCAACUAUGGUAGAUUUGAUGCUGAUAUUUGUAAUCCAGGAUUAAAUAAAGCUUGGUCAACUCGUUGUAUUCAACCAACUACCCUGAGACAAGUAAACUCUUUAUGCCAAGGGAAAUCAUCCUGUUCUAUUGAUGUGACCAGUUCUGUAUUUGGAGAUCCUUGUCCUGAUACUUAUAAAUAUCUAGAGAUUCAUUAUACUUGUAUCAACAAGGUGGAGAAACCAAGAUCUCAGAAUAAUGAUCUUCCACCUUGGUUACUCAAGAUGUCAGCUACAACUAGUAAACCUUCUCCUAGUUCUACUACUAGUACUACACCUUAUCCAGGUCCUAGUUCUACCAGUACUACACCUUCUCCAUCUACUACACAGACCACAGAGAAGGUUGAACCUGAGAUUGAAGAAAUAUUGAACCCUGAGACAGUCCUCCAAGAUCUUCUGGAUAUAGAAGAAGAUUAUGAAGAUGAGAUGACCCUGGAAGAUCUUCUUGAACAGGAAAGAAGAGAGAUUUUUAUAAAUCUUCCUCUGGAGGAACCUGAGAUUGAAACCUUGAAGAUUGGAGAGGAAGAAACUGUUCUUAUUGCAACCUUGGUUUCUCUUCUCUCCUGUUCUCUUAUAAUCUUUAUCUCUGCUCUUCUUUACACCAAGAUGAAGAACAAGAAGAAGAAGGAGAACAUGAAGAGAGAGAUUAUGAUCUCUAGCCUGGAUUCCAGCAAGUUUCAGGAUUACAACACACACCAGAACACUGGACACUUCUCUGUGUAUGAUUAUAGUACUGGAAGCGAAUCAAGUACAUCUAGCUCUGUGUACACUACUAUACCUACUACCCAGAGAUCUAUGUACACUACCCAAGGAUCUAUGUACACAUGUAUCCCUAAUACCUCUGUAUAUACAACUUUACCUAAUGGAGAAACUGCUCUAGUGAUUCCUUUAAACUCCAACCAGUCAUAUCUCCAGCAUAUUCUCUCCAACCAGAGAUUAGAUGGACAAUGGAUAGGUCAGCCUGUAUCCAAUCCUACUCCUCAACAGAACCCGGAGAAUAUCUAUAUUGAUAUUGAUAAAGAAAGAUAUUAAACUCACUAGAUGGAGGAAUAUAAUCAUGGCUGUGAUAGUUUUAAAUUAUUUAAAUAUAUGUCUGCAUUAAAUACAAUAAUAAAUAUCAAACAAUAA